AGAGUCACAUGGCCCUCGUACCCAAAAGCGUAAAAAAAAAAUCUUCCCAAAAUAAUUUUUCCCUACAAAUUACACUUGCCCCGUAAACUAUACUCUUCCCCCUCCCUCUUUCCUUUCCCUCUCUCACAACACUACUACUUUUAUAUAUACACACAUGUGUAUAUGUAUAUGUAUAUGGCGUGAAACUUACUUACAAGAAGGACUGAAAGAAGGAAGAAAAGAAAACAGACAACACACCUCAUUUCUUUUAGUUAAUCUCACCUCCGGUCACCGGAAUGUUUUCUCACCGUAGAGCCAGAACCGCCACCAAAGAUGAUGAUUUCAGAAGCAACAUUAACGGCGGUGAUCAUCUUUUCUCACGCAAUCACACUACAUCUUCUUCUGAUCAAUCCGACUUGCAGGUGAGAUUGGCAAGACUAACUGCUGGAUCAACAAAAGCAGAAAAAAGUGUAAUAUUAGAUGAUCUACUUUUAUCUAAUGAACAAGGUGGAACACAUGAUUAUGACUGGCUCAUUACUCCUCCUGAAACUCCUUUUAUUCCGUGUUCCGGAAAGGGGUCUCAACCAAUAUCAGUCACUCCAAAAAAAAUUUCUUCUGUUAGAUCAGGCUCUACGACUCGAACCUCAAGACUUUCUGUUUCUCCAUCUGAGUGUAGCCACCAAUCAAGACCAGAAAGAAUCAGUUCAGUGACUCGCCCUCCCAUCUCUACCACCCGAUACACAAACAACUCCAACAGGAACUCCAAUAUUCUAAGCACAAACUCUGCUUCUGUCUCUUCUUACGUAAGACCAUCCAGCCCAGCAAACCGUUCUUCUUCAUUAGCAGCUAGAUCCUUCCCCAAUUCUCCCCGUACAAAAAUUUCACGAGCCUCAACACCUUCCAGAAAUCUCCCUUCAUCAACCUCCACUUCCAUUGACAGGACAACCAGACCAUCAACUCCUACUCAUCGUACACAUACCCCUACCAACUUGACCACUUCUCCAAUAGUUAGACCACCUUCAAGACCAUCAACUCCCACUCGUAGGAGUCCAACACUUUCUCAUGCUCCAUCUUCCAAUGGUAGAAGUGUGGGACCCGCAUCCAGGCCAAGCUCUCCUACCUCACGGGUUCGCUCAUUGCCACAGCCUAUCAAUCUCCCUGAUUUUCCACAUGAAACACCGCCCAAUCUCAGAACAACUUUACCUGAAAGGCCUCUAUCUGCUGGUAGGUCUAGGCCAGGUACAGCCCUAACUGUGAAGGGACAUGUAGAGAAUACAAACUCAGGAAGUAUGUCAAGGAGACAGCCAUCACCUACUGUUACUAGGGGACGAAUUGCAGAACCACCUGGAAAAGGACGCCCACAUGGUAAUGGGCACGUGAUUGAGAUACUAGAGUCUCGAAGGACUUUACAUGUGUCUGAGUCAAUUACAAGAAAACCUAUAAAGAUGUUGAAUUCGGAAAGUGGUACAGGCUUUGGGAGGAGUAUCUCGAAAAAUUCACUUGAUAUGGCCAUCAAACAUAUGGAUAUAAGAAAUGGAGGCACACGCCCACUUUCCGGGUCAACACUCUUUCCUCAAAGUAUUCGAUCUGGCAACCCCAGAAUGCAACCAAGUCAUACUUCAAAUGCAGCAGGAUCUGUUAAUGGAUCCUUCAGUAACGGUAUUAACCCCAGAAAUGAAAAUUUGAAAAGCACCAACUAUGAAAAUUCUGGUCAUAUUAAUUCGGAGAACAAAAUCACACCGAUAUCUGUAGAACAUAGAACUUCAUAUUUGUCUAAACUAAAAGACAUGGACAUGUAUGAGAGCUCGAGGUAUGAUGCUAUACUACUUAAAGAAGACCUGAAGAACACAAGUUGGCUGCAUAGUGCAGAUGAAAACAGUGAUCUAGGUCCAUUGUUUGAUAAUGGAUUUGAACGACUACCUGAACCUUUUGCCCCCCUGUGACAUGUCUUCUUCAUAUCCAUAGAUUCACAUUCAAUUUUUACAUAUCAUCUUGCAUCUAAUAGUUGUACUUGUAGUUUAUGAUAAAGUAUGAAUAUAUAUGUAAUUAAUAGUCCGUGUUAUACACAAAAUUAUAGAUGGAAUUUUUGUUGCAA